AGACCACUAAAGUUCACUCAUGUUCAUUUACUCCAUUAUUUGUGAAAACUAACCCGCCUCAUCUUAAGCUCCUAAACUUAACUGGAUUUUUGCUGUUUGUCAACUCAUCUGUGGCACAAUGACCCUUGAUUUACGGAAAUAUUCCAUCGUUGGAAAGUAUGACCGCAUGAAGGUUAAAAGUCUCUCUGAUAAAAUGAAAUGGAAAGAAAUUUUUAACCUGAUGGACAUCAAUAGGCGAUGGAAGUUUCAACGCAGUUUACAGCUGUAAACCUUGCCUGAAGGACGUGGAUCAUUCGUAAAAUUCAAAGGUAUGCUUAUUUGAUAAAAUGAACUUUUAGAAGGCCAUGAUGUAAUCUAGAGUCAGGUAUAAGAAUCAACCAAAGAAGAUCGUGGUCAUUUACUGAAUUAACACAUCAAGUGGUAGAAAAAAAAAGUAAUUUUCCGUUCACAGGGUGGUUAAACUUGCGAACUAAAAAUGAACAAAUUUUCAUCUCCGAGGAAUUGAAAGCAUUAAGACUUGGGUCAGCGCAGUUAUCUCUUAAAAAAAAUCUAAAAGUUUCCAUAUCUUAUAAAAAGGUUCUAAAAGGUUCAUCUGUUUCUCCGUAUUCGUGACUCAAGAUUAACCUAUUUGAUAAAUUAUUAUUAUCAAUUAUUUCUAUUUAGCUCCGACUGUCUUUUAUAGAUGUUUAAGUCAUAAGUUCUCGCAUGCUACUCAGAAAUUUUCAUGAGUAAAAUUAGGAAAAGGUUUAUCAAAAGUCUGAGUGGCUCAAUCCGCCAAAAGCCACAUAUUGUUCUGCAUUUAAUUGUCUAAUUAUAUCAUCAAGCGCGGAACCAAUUCUUAAGAAUGGAUCCAUUUAACAAUUUUGAGACACCAACAACAACUCAGACUAGAAAAACUAGGGAUCAAAAGAAAAAGAACUCGGCAAAUUGUCAUUAAUUGAAAUACCAUACAAUGUUCGUAUUUAUUCCCUACAAAGAUAAUCAAAGGCUUUCACAUCAUAAUAAAAACAGCGCAACACGAUUAUAUGAUUCCAAACGUUGCUUACUCAAAUUAAAAAACAGUGUUAUUCUUUUUUGAUAGAAAAAGUUGUUUCAAACUCAUCCAUACUAGCACAGUUACUAUUUCAUUUUCGCGCCGGUGAGACUCACCUGCCAAGUCGGAGCAUGCGCAAUCAAUUUGACUUAAAUGUCACGAACCAAAACUUUAAAAAAAACUGCCAUGAGGACAAGUUCCCAUCGCUCCCGAUUCAUUACUUAAAAAGAUACUGCGUGCGCGUUUUGAUCCAAAUUUCUUAGGGCUAAAUCAGUGUAGUUCAAGAGAUUACAUUGCAUUUGAACAUAGGAAUUACCAUUACGAAGUGAUCAAUCUUUGGUUAGAUUUUAAUUUCAAGUCUCCUUUUAUCAUAUUUUACUACUUUCCCCCAAGACGUAUGGUAACGAAAAAAUAGCGACAUGCGAAAAUUGAAUAUCAAUAAAGAGAUUUUAUCUUUUCAAGAACUCCCUCUUUCGCGACAUUUUAAGCAUUUUUGACAAUAAAAGCAAUACGUCAAUUUUUUUUCAUUUGUUGUGGAUUCUUGAGUAAUUUCUUAUAGCUUAAAGAUUCAGUGAUAAAGAUUAAUUGAAACAGAGGUGGAAAUAAGGUAGCUAUCUUUUGACAUAGCAUUACCAGAAAAAAGCGGCACUCUUUCAUAUACAUUCCAGUCAAAUUUUUCCGAUUAGAUUUAUCUUGUUUCUGUGCUUUGCCAAGCUGAACACUGAUUAAAAAAAAAAGUGAUUUCAUCUCUCUACAUGUUUGUGUCCAGAUAACACACUUUGUCAGUAUCUAAACUUGACAUAUUUUCAACGUUACGACCAAAACUCAAAACAUGAAGCAUUACUAAUGAAGUGAUUUUGUGUUGUAAAAUCUUUUCUAGCUUGAAACGAAUGGUUAAUCGGAGAUAAAUUGCAGGUUUAUUUUGUAUUUUUCAAGUUUUGGUUUUUAUUAACUUAGGCACCCCACUAAGCUACCUUGGUCUUAAUAGGCAAGCGCAAAUAAAGGUCAAUUACAUUACAGUCCAACAAGAUUCUGUGGAGUGAAGCAGUUCCUUCUAAUUAAUAUUCCGCGACAGCGAGUUUGUUCUUCAUUUCUCUAACAUUCAAUCAAAUGAAUGCAAUAUUAAAGAAACUGAAGAGCUUGCUUUAGAAGAGUCUGAUUUCGUUGACAUAUGUCAAAAACACUGAUUCCUUUGAAACAAAAAGAACAAAAGUCUAUGGAACUGCAUUGUUUAAUGUCAGAUAACUCCAGUGCUAAAUAUUCUAUUUGAGUUUGAUCAUUAUUUCAUAGCUUACCAUAAACUGUUUCCUAUGUUUAGAUUGGAAAGAUCUCAAUUACACACAGCUAACAAGCGAGACAACCCUUAUGAAAAAUUAAAGAGGCCCAAUGAACCUGACUAAAAGGUUCCCACUUUUCCGAAUGAAUAGUGGUCUCCUAAAGCAACCACAGUUUCGAGAACAUUUCUUGAUUAGCAAUAAAUAUGUCAAAUAUAAAAAUUGCGUCUCAGUAUUCUGGUAGUAGUUUUAGUCAAGGAAAUUCUCAAAAGCCUUGAGUAACAAAUCGCGAUGUAUUCUUUUCCGACCCUAACAUAAAUAUUUGCUUCGCAUGUUUUGGAGCCAAAUAAAAGAACAAAGUUAAUCGAACAGAGACUCCUUAGAAAAUAACCUUUUUCAUCAAAGUUUCAGCUUUGGGUGUUGUGUGGAGUAUAUUCUCCUUCGGGCAAACAUCUUCGAAACAGAAACAUCCGCGUGAGACAAUUGCCAAUUUUUAAAAUGGUAUUUUUCGAAAGCUCCGCCUAAGUUUUUAUCAUUUUCACCUUGUUUCAGAGUUGAUUAAAGUUCAUUUCUUUCGUCAACAUAGAACAGAAUAUUUAAGUCGGAAUGCGAGGUAAAUUUUCACUGCCAUAAAAUGCCAGCGCUAUGAAUUAUGGAAACCUACUUGACAGGUCAUCCAUAUUUAAUAACUUUCUCUAGCAAACAAUUGAAGCUAUUUUCAAAACACAAAAUUAAUUAUUGAAAUUUCAUAUUGAUUGAAUCUGUUGUCACUUAACCCAGGAACGUAAUCAAUUAUUAACAAGUCAAACUUUUCACUAGCUUUCUCUCUUUCUAUCUCUAGCGCUUUCUACUCACGCCAGGUACUCUAGUACAGCCAAGUACAAGGUUAACUUUGUGAGCCGAUCGAACAGAUUCGCAGGAGAAUCUCUUAGAAGCAUCUAAUUUUUGUGUCAGAACUGCCUUUACAUUUCUCAAAACAUUUUCGUUUCUACAAAGAACACGGAAAUUUUUUGCCUUAAAUCGCUUCCCAUUUCGGAUAUCCGUUUGGUAAACUCCUCCUCAACAUUUUUGCUGGUUCAAGAUUAAACACGUGCUCGUCAAAUCAAAGAAACGCACGUGUUCCAUAGCACAGACUCUCGCCUGCUUCUGAGAUCUUUACGAGCGGAAGCGACGCGAAAAAUCUUGCGAAAGACUCAUAUUUUUGGAAAGACCUGAUGGAGUUUACCUUUCAUUGCGUAAUUUAGAGACAGACUAAAAUUUUACUUUGCAUCUCUAGUUCAGGUAAGAAGUUUUCAGAUAACUUGUAAAUUGUCUUUGUUAUAUGGCAUUUCCAUUUAUCCGACAUUUCAGUAGCCUAGAGAAAAAUAAUAUUAGAGAACAAGAAAUUUCAAGGAAACUUUAAGUUAAAGGUUGAUUAGAUUCUGCCUAUAUCUCAAGCUACUAAUGUAUUCGCUCACGCAGGUGCUCAGGAAUUCCUAAAUUUUGAAGAUCAAGAACGCCAAAGAUAAUUUUAUCGGAGAUAGUAAAAUAUUUCUUAUAGCUAAAACCAUGGUAGAUAUGGAAAGCUUGGUUAUUUUAACCUUAGGGUUUUGACUGCGAGAGCUGUACGACUUCGAAACAAUAAUAUUGUGGCUUCGGUGCGGAACAAAUUUUUUCUACAGAUUUCAUCUCAACUAACGAUCAGUUCCAAUAGCGCUGAUUUUUUUUACUUCAUAUCAGAUUUCUUUUGACCGCUAAAACUAGACAUUUUGAUAAUAUUUCCUUCACCGAAAAUUCGGGAAAGUGUCUAUUAAAGUUUUGUGUUUGCUUGUUAAAUUACCCGUGACACAUUGUGUCGGUCAGUAAGGAAGGCAUUAAGACAACUUCAUCAGAGCUGCCCAUCAGGCAUUAUCGACAGAAAAACCGUGACAAAGAUAUCAUACAGUACUGUCAUUUGGAGUAAGAGCGCAAAGUGUUAUGGAAAGCGUUCCUUUUUUGUUCAGUCUUGUCGGAGUGAAUAAUUUCGGUCGUAAAUUAUUCGAUAAGCUGAAGUUUGGUGGGCCUGCCGGCACGUGCCACAAAUAUUCUGUCAAAAUAAUGGUAGAGCGACUACCUGCCUUGGCGAAGAAAAGAAGCUUGUUUUACCGCCAAGAAGUUAUUUAGCCUUCAUCAAUUUUUCAAAACGUGGAGCAGGUGACGGUGUACGCUUCAUUUGACAAAGCAUGAAUAAUUUCCUUUCCAACUUAUGUCAUUUGUAUAAGGCCAAGAAUAUGGCACCUGGUGAGAAGAGCCGAUAGAGCGUUGUGUGAUAAUUUAUUGAUAUACUUUUCCAUUUUUCAUAGGUUUCUGCUUGUUAAACUUCCUUUACUAACGUGAAACCUACAGUAAAGAUCAUCUUAGCUAUAGCAACGCUUUUUUCGAGCUCGAGUCUGAUUGUUCCGAAGUCGAGAUUUUAAAAAUGGCAACAUUUACAACGUUGGACCGAACAAGACAGGGAGGAAAAACUUCUCCUCUUCAGCUCCAAACUUCGCCUAAUCCGCCGUCCACCCAAAGGAUUAAGCUAACCGCUGAAGAUUUGUUCAACUAUUUGUAUGGCUACACGCCCAUUCGUCUAGUGGAUCCUAUCCAACUACAGCAACGGAGAAGAAAAGCUUCGCAACUGGAAAAUGGCGCGUCUAACAAAGCUUUUUCAUGUAAGUAUAAACAUCAGAGAUGUAAAUAUUGUCUGGAAAGUCUCAUAACGGUGCCAUACCGAAACGAAACGAAACACAGCUUCCUUCAAAACGAUAAAGAAAAAUUCACUGCGAGAUAAAUUGCAUAAAGCUUUGACAAGUUUACCAGGGCUAGUAUCUGAAACAUUCAUCUACACUUUUAAUAUACUAUUGUUUACUUUGGAUGGAGUCGAGAAAAGAAUGAAUUUCUGUUAAUUUAUCGUGACGUUCGCGACUUUGCGCGAGGGCAGAAAGGUUCGCAUUCAUUACUAUGAAAAUAAUUAUCCAAAAUCGCUAGUAGAGAAGCACGUAGUUUUCAAAAACUUUAUCAAGUUCCUUUAAAACUUUUAUGAUGCUAUCCUCAACGUUCCCUCUUCGUUUAAACGAUAUUCGCACAAACAAAAUCUGACGUGAGAAUGGAAGAUAACCAGCCAGGCAAAUUUUAUUCUUACCAAAUGUUUGCAGGAAGAAAAUAAGCAAACUAAGGAGCGAUCGGAUGAAACAUGGCAGGUUUAGAAGGAGACCGCCAAGGGCCCUGUUCUUCUGAUUUAAAACACGAGUUUUGGAUAUAACACUAAAAUUAUUUCAAUAUCAACUAUUCAGUCUCUUAAUUGUCCAAACGCUAGAACUGUUUGUUAAUAAUUUGAUACAAACCGAUCUGUUUCGGAUAUCGACCCCACACCGAGGACUGUGAUUUGCUAGUUUACAGUCUCACUAACCAAUUCACAAAUAGUCCCCUCGCGAACUGGUCACAUAGUUUUGAACCAGUUAAUCAAUUCAUCUCAUUUUUCAAGUUAGUAAAUUUAUAAGUUGUGAUCUGCGUCAGGGAUGCGAUUUAUGCAUAUUAAAUAUGCAAAUAAUUUGAGUUAGCUCCUUACAUGCCAAGUAAGAGAGAAACAAAAAAGUGAAGUUAACAGAGACAUAUUCACUAUGCUUAAUUCUGUAACUUUUGGCAUAAAAAUUUAUUUUUGACGACGGAGAUAAUAAUUGGUAUUUGCGGAACAUGAUUUCGGGUUAUAUAGGGUGAAAAAAUUAUUGAUAAAGGCAGAUUCCAAUACGAGCUAUGGGAAAAUUCUUAGAAAUUCUCAUCUAUUAUUCAAUUUUUACAACUUUGAACCGAUGAUAGUGAAUUACUGAAUUUUAUUUUAGGAAUAGAACUAUCAGUGUACGAGGUUACUUUAUAAGCAGUCAAGGAAACAUGGAACUCAUCUAAAAUUAAAUUAAUCGCCGGAGACAAGUGAGAUGAAGAAUUCAAUGUAUUUUGACAAAUAAGAACAGUUUCAGAUUAUUAUUGUUUCCAUGUGGUUAAGGGAGGUACAACCUGGCAUUGUUUAUAUUCUGAAUACAUUGUUUCAAUCUAUUAAAUGAAAAGCGACCAGCUACGCUCUAUCAGGAUUGGCUUUCAGCAGAAAACCACAUGUAAACGACUUCAACAAAUGUCUGGUAGUGAAACAAACAACUUGAUGGGUUGUUUAUGAACUUGGCCUAUCGAAAUUGGCCUAUGUUGUCGCCAACUCAAAAUUGUCACGCGAACUUUUCCUCUUCGGGCUUAACAGCUGUGAAUGAAGUGGGUGGUUUUUAAAAGAAACUGUGGUGUAGCGUCGGUAGGGGAAUAUAACCAGAUAAUUUUGGCAUUAUUAACUAAGUUCAUGAUGUAAAUUGGCCACCGUUAAGAGUUUCAAAGCUGACGUUUCAAGCGUACUUCGCCAUCAUCGCUCUCACGAAGGGCUAUUGAGAUUUCGUUCUUUUUUAAAUAACCGUUAUUUACAUUAACAGUCGAACGAUUUUCCCCUAACAGCAAUUGUUCAUUAUCAAAGUUUAAUAAUUAACGAACCAUAAGAAAAACUCGGCUUUCAUUGCUGUCAUUCAUACAUUAAACCAAAAAUGAUUCCUGUUGGUUAUUUUAACUUGUUCCAGCUAAUCACCACUUGUGUUUAUAGGGUGCGAUAUUUGCAACGAGAAACAUGAUGGAGAAUGUCCGAUGCAUGGGCCUUUGCACUCUCUUAGAAAACUUGUCAGCGCUGGGCAAUCCCAUAGUCCUUUGGAAAACGGAUCUAUUCUCAAAUUUCCGGACGAGGUAUGCUUGUGUACAUCCAGCAUUCCUUGUGUUGGCUACGGAGUGUGUGCAAGAAAGAGAAUACCCGCAGGGACCUGGAUCGGGCCUUACGAGGGAAAGCUUGUGCGACCAGAAGACAUCAAAGUUGAAACAGAGACGGAAUAUAUGUGGGAGGUAAAAAAUUUCUAAUCUUAACACCACUGAAGGUGAUUCCUGUUAAGAAAACUCUCUGGUAGAGUGCAGUUAAUUUGAUGUUUUCUUCUUCAGGUGUUCCAUGAUGGCCAGGUCAGUCAUUAUCUUGAUGGAAGAGAUGAAGCUAAUUCCAGCUGGAUGCGGUUUGUUCGCUGCGCUCGACACAAGAAAGAACAGAACAUGGUGGUAUUUCAAUACCAUGGCUGUGUCUAUUACAGAACAAUCCGAGAGAUUCUACCUGGGCAGGAGCUGCUAGUAUGGUACGAUACAAGAUAUUCACAAUUCAUGGGGGUUCCUGUGGCACUCAGUGAUUCUGGAAGUAGAGGUGAGUGUUUCUAUGACCGUGGUGGAAAAUGUAAUGGGCACCUGCAACUCUUUUACUACACCCACACUUUCCUCUAAGUCAUUCUGAUUUGGUAGUUAAGUGACUUAAAUCCAAUGUCUAUCAACAGGGGUCCACCCCCCUCGGGAUCUGGUCGCCCAAGAAAGGUCUCGGGCCAGAGCGGAUAAAAACGAAACAGUUGAGCCAGGGGCUAGGAGAAAUCUUACAGACCAUGCACCAGCACAAAGGGGGCGGCCUCCCUUGCGAAGAAAUGAACCUGCCGAAUCGAGCAAAUCAGAGCAAGAUCACGUGAUGCUGACCGAGGAUAGAAGAACAACCUCGUAUCGCGGACGAGGCUACGGGUACAAACAACAAACCAGGACGCCUGCGCGUUUUGAUCCAGCAGACGAUUUUACCUGGAGGUGCAACCAGUGCUUUAAAGCAUUUACAAAUCGAGAACAACUUGAAGUGCAUCAUUGUAAUGGUAUCAAUGGAGGGAAGAACUUGACUUGUUCGCACUGUAACCAAUCGUUUUCUCAUCCCCUAGAGUACCGUACACACAUGGAGACACAUGUUAAUGAAAGGCCUUUCAGAUGUGGCUAUUGCGCAAGCGCCUUUGCCAGCGCUGCUUUGUUGAACCAGCACGUACGAGUACAUAUGACCGAGGGAACCCUCGGUCCAGUGAAAGCGUCGCCAAGACAUGAUAGAGCAAGCCAAGAGUUUCAUUUUUAGAGGAAAAUAAAGCAUAUUCGAGAAUUUAUAAUUUCAAAUCAAUUGUCAUCUUUUAACGCAACCAUUCAUAAAAAACAGGUCACUUUUAGUGGCGAACUCACGUAUCUCGGCCUCUUUCCUAAGAAAACUGUCAUAUGGAGUUUGGUUUGUCGUGUAAACAAGUUAUUCAAAUGACUGCCCAAUUGCCUGAUAGGUUAAAAGGUGUUCUUAAUAUUGAAAAAGACAAAGAGAACUUGCAAAACUGUAUUUGUUAAGAAAAUAAAUGGAAAAUAUAAAUAAAUUGUGGCUUGAACGAACAGUCAUCCAAAUAACUCGAAUUAAAAGGCGUA